AUGCUGUCUUCUACGCGCCUCAUCUCCAACAUCCCAAACACAGUAUCCUUCUUAGCAGAGGCGCGCGCAGGCUUCACCGCAGACUUGGCCUCCCCGCCGUCCACCCUCAAAGAACAACAAGAACUCUUGACUUCGAUUCAGAGUUUUGCGUUUCAAUUCCUCAAAGCUGCGGCUCACGCCUCCCACUCACACCAGGCAUCUGCUCAGACGGACCACGGUCCAAGCGGAGAGCAAGAUGAAAGUGAUCAUCAUGUGGUAAAGGCAAACACAGAUCCAGAAGCAAAGACAGAUGAUCUCGCCCAGCAAGGUCUCGUCAUCCUUUGGGGAAUGUUCACGUCCACAGCGCAGGUAAUCGACGCAGACGACGCGUUUCAGGAUCGUCUUGUAGGUUUACUCGUGUGGACGAGGGAGUUUGACGGGGCUUAUAGACGGCUUCACGGCCUCGUCGUGGGCGGUGCUGAUGCCGGCGGUGGUGGUUGGGAGUCAUAUGGAUUCGGGCAAAGUCUACAGCUCGCGUGGGAGCAGCUUGUCGUAGACUUGCCGAGCGCGGUGGCGACGCAGAAAAGUCGGAACCUUGCGGCGUUUUCAGCCAAGGUGUUGGCGAUGGGGUUGUGCAAGGAGUUCAUUGCUGGGACUGCGUUCUGGGUUUUUGAGAGGGCUUUGGGCGGGGACAGGGAUAGGGAUGAGAUUGUAUCGAGGGAGUUAGUACCUGCGGCCGUAGUGUGGUUGAAGCACGCUUCACAUGCCCUCCUCGCGCGUUGCUGUUCCUCUCCCGCGGCAGGUGGGCUUGAUAUCAUCACUAAUACGGCAACGGAUCCGAUCUCGCGGGCCGAUGCUCCUUCAACGGACCAAACCACCGCAGAAACUCAAUACGGUGAGCUCAGCAUGUCCCAAUGGCUGCGAUGGCGACGCCGUCUCCAGGAGCUGAGUCACGAUGCCGAUGCCGAUGUGGCGAGGUUGGCGAAGAAGGGGUUCAUGAGUAUGAUUUUCUGUGGGAGGGAUUUGGGGGUUGAUGUGGAGGGGGAAGCGAGGUUUGCGGAGAGGUUGCAGGGGGUUAUGUAUCGGGAGCUUGUGAGGAGUGGAAAGGAGGUUGUAGAGGGGGAUGAGGUUGAAAUUGAGGUUGAUUGGGUUGAUUGA